UUUACGUGAAAUAAUAAAUCAAAUAGGUACUGAGUGUUGAUUGAAGUUAUUUGUGUUUAUGGGAAAAGUUUAUCAUAGAUUGGGUCCUAGCACGGAGCACGAGAAAUUACAAAGAAAUGCGUGUGUGUUUAAUUUGCAAAAAAAAGGAUGACGGUAUAAGUGGUUCAUUUUUCCAAGUACCCAAGGAUGAGAUCAAACGAAACCGGUGGAGGCAAUCUUGCUGCUUGCCACUGCAGAGUACGCAAUUUAUUUGUCAAGAUCAUUUUUUGGCCAGCGAUAUUGCGAAUGGUCGCAGGGUUUUGCUUCCAAAUGCUUUACCAUUUGUUUUACCCGACCCGAAUAUGUCUUUCUUAAUGAAAUCCCAGAUUUCGAUUUCAACAAAUGGUAGUUUUGAAGAAACGGAUGCCUCUAUUGAGGAGCUCUCGAGCUUUGACGAAAACCAAACCCAGAUGAAGGCAUCUAAGAGUGAUAUAACCCUCGAAUUGGAAUGCUGGGUGGAUGAAUUGUCGCCGGCUCAAUUGGCCGCUUAUGAAAAAGUGGCUAACGAGCAUAAUGCAAUCAAAAAUGCCCUAAAGAAUGCAUUGAGCGCAAAUGAGGGAAAAGAACUUUUCAAUGGCCAAGUGUUUCAAGCUUAUUCGUUUAAAGGGAAAGUUCUGCAGGAGUUGAAGGAGGCAACUGUGCCUAAAAAACCUCCCAAGACAGAGACCCCUUCCUCUGCUGGCGCCGCAGAAAAAACGUACACUCGGUCUGGACGGAAGAGACCACCAAACUUUGUUUAUUUAGAAUCGUCAGAUGAAGAGGACGAUGAUGUUCCUUUAGCUAAGAGAAUAGCGUCGGCAAAUGCUAAAAAUUCCAAACAUGGAGGUGAUUCGGCAACAUCGUCCGGCAAGACUAGCAAAAAGGGAUCUACUGCACCUACAGCUCCUGACAGUAAGAAAGAUGUAGCUACGCCUGGAAAGAUUGGCAAACCAGGAAAGGACGGUAAAACAAAGGCCGUUAAAACCGAAGGGGAAACACCUCCACCACCCAAUAUCAGACCUUCAGAAGAUUCAGCUGUGGGUGGUUUGAUUGUGGGCACCGAUAAUAAAGAUGGGAAAGCUUCCAAAGAAAAUAAGGAAGGGAAACUUCAGGGAAAAACAUUUCCAUCACUGGUGGUUUUGGCGAAACCGUGGCUCAAAGUCAAAGAUAUGUCUGCAACUCGAAACAAAUUGGAUUCUAAAGUUAAGCUGGUACUGAUGCUAACGCCAAACAAAUUUACCGAGUGGUUGAUCCAGGAGGGACUACUUAAAGCCGAACAGAAGUGCGCCAAUCACAAAACAAAUGACCUAAAGCUGGGUGUGUAUUCCGAUGCAUCUAAGUUUCCCUACACUGGAGGCUAUGUUUGGAUAAGCGAAUGCUGUCCCACACGUUUUGUGUCCGUUUUCCAUGGAUCCAUUUUCGAGGGUGCACCCCACCCACCAUCCUGUAUUCUAAAACUUGUCUACCAUUGGGCCUGUCAGACCAACAUUCAAAAUGUUGUACAAUGGGUGAAAGUCGACAACGUCUACAUAAAGGGCGUGUACACUUGGCUGCGUGCCAUAUGCACGUUGGCUGUUCAUCAAAAGUGCAAAAAAUUAGGCGGUCCCGAUAAGUUUGUGGAAGUUGGUGUAAUUUCAUUUGGCACAACGUCGCAGGAUGGUCAACAAAGACAAUUAAAGGUCGAAGUACUUGGGGUAUUAGAUUAUGCAGAAAAAACAAUAAGACUGCGAGCCGUGGAACCUCUUUCGGACUCCGAUCGUAACUAUAAAAAGCGAUUCCAAGUUAUUUUGGAACCUCUGCAGCGUUGGGUACACAAGGAUAGCACCAUAUGUAUUGAUUUGACUGUGGACAAAAUGACCUUAUAUUCCAUGGGUUUCAAGAACGUUGUGCAAGCAGCCGCUACAGAUAAUUCGGCAAAACAUACCAAUUCAGCAGUUAUGGACUAUUUGAGACGCAUAGUUCCUCGAAUGUUCCAGAAUACUUUGUCACUGCUAUCUCGCCAAAUGAUCCAGCAAUUCCUUGAUGAGUUGGUGUGGCGCGAACAAUUUGGCACCUACGCUUUGCAGGCAUUCAACAACAUUACAGCCCACAUCGCUGAACAAACUCGCAUAAACUGCAACGAGUCUUUGACACAGCGUCUAUAUCACGUGGCCACAAACCCCUUCAAAGAUUGGAGCGUUCUCCCUGCAAAUGCUAAGGAAAUACCUGCCAACACAACGCCCAAGAGGUUGAAAAAACCAAUUAAUGAAGCGGAUUAUGUGAAUGAAAAAGUGAAUGUGAAGAACAUUAAAAAGGAGAAGGAGGAUGACUUUGCAAGUCCCACUACCAGUUCAAAGAAGGGCGGCACCAAAAAGGACGAAUUAAAAAAGACUGCAAGUAGCAAAAAUGCUGUUGCCGUAAAGGGAUCAGCGAAGGCGGCAUCGACAUCAGCGGUGGCUAAGAAAGAAAAUCAAGUGCCGGACAAAAAGGCGUCAAUUGAGGGCAAACCCGGCAAAAAGGGCAAGGAGAAGGACAAGGAAAAGGACGAUGAUGAACUUAAAGGACUAGAAGAGAUGUACUAUGGAGUACAAAUUGGCCACGACAAAUACUAUGAGGAGUUUCCGCUGAAGUCAAUAACCAAAUUCGAGGAAGGCACAAUGGGUGUUUACGCCACAAAAGUUGACUGUCCCAUUUGCGAUACGUCUACGUCCUUCGAAUCUAAUGACAAGCUACAGACUCACUUAGUGUCACAUAUUAAUAUCGACGGAAAAGACCACAAAUUGCAGUGCCUGUAUUGCUUGGAGAAACUGGAUUCCGAGUCCUCGUUAUCGAAGCACUACGGCAUAAUGCAUCCCGAGGAAACGAAAAGCUCGAACUCGGCUUCGUAUCGUUGUUUGAUUUGCCAACAGCGUUUCAAUUCUUUAAAUUUCUUGACUUCGCACUUGCAGAAUAAGCACUCCAUGCUGGAAUUGCCGUUUUAUUGCUACGCCUGUGGCUAUAGGACAUCUUCGCACCGUGAUGCAAUACGCCACUAUUAUGAAGACCAUAAACGGCAUAAUUUCUUGCAGUGUCCUCACUGUUUGGACAUAUACCGGUUCGCUUACAAGGGUCAAGUCAACCAGAGCAACAUUGAAAACUAUUACAUGCAUUUGCGUCAGCAUAUGGGCAAAAAGGAUCCCAAUCUAAGAUGCACAAAAUGUUCUCUUUCGUUCUUAGACAGAGGUGCAUUAAAACAACAUAUUUCCAAUCACCACUCGAGUUUACUGAAAAACUCUUCAAACGUCCGCAAGCUGUUGAAGAACUCAAUGCUGAUACCGCCACCCAAGGUCCGCAGUCAUCACAAGGAACCCCUUCCGUUUACUGUACAAUCGAAAUUGGGAGAAUUUUUCGCUUUUAUUGAUGGUUCCAUAUGUGCCGAAUGCAACAUGGAAAUCCUGAAUGAGCAUCAUUUCACUGGAAAUCUUAAGUGCAAUAAGUGCAAUUUUAAAACUUCGUGUGAGCGUGCAAUGUUCCAGCAUACCAAUGAUUGUAGUGGACCAAGUGGUGCCAAAGACGUCAUGGAAAUGCCUUUGCCAAAUGAAAUGCAUUGCAUAUGUGGAUUCUCAACAGCGAAUGGAAACAAUAUGGCAUAUCAUUUGGCGACAUGCGGUCAGAAAUCGGCAUAUCCAACGCUACAAAUGGCCCAGGAAAAUACUGUAAAGCGCAAUAUGCUUGACAUGUUGGGAUUGGUUAAGAGGGAUGGCGAACCUGGUGGCGAACUGGAUGCUGAUGCGAAUACCACAGCCUACUCGGCGGUAGAGAGCCAAGACGCCUCUGAGGAGCACCAAGCUGGAGACGAUAAUCAGACCAGUGAGGACAAUUUGCCCCAUUCUGAUGAUGCUAUGGACACUCAGUCCUCUUCUAUUGCCCCAGAUCAAACACCAAUACCAUUUGGGCAAAUGGACGCCACUCCUGUUGAUCAACAGCAACAGCACACGCAGAACUAUGGGCACAUUGUGGAUAAUACCAGUCAUCUGCAGGCGACUUCACAUCAACAGUAUUUGGGUUUUUCGCAGAAUGAAGUUGCUCCCCAUACUUUAAAUGCAGCUGACAUCGAUAUGCCACUUAUUGGCGAAUUGUCUGAACCCAGUCCGCUUCCAACUCCUCAGUUCCUAGGAGAGGUGCACACACCUAUGUUUGAUGCGGCCGCCGCUGCUGAGCAGCAACACUAUCAGAUGAUGCAACAACAUCAUAUGCAUCACCAACAACAAUGAAAAUGACCCAAACCCAGGGAGCGCUCCAUCCCGCCCUGGCAAUAUUACUAAAUAUGCCACCUAAAGCUAUGAAAGGCCGAGCCAGCCCACCAUCUAUCCCAAUUUUUACAUACAGAGUUUUAUUGGUUUAACGAAAAUUGUUUCAGAUUUUCGAUAAAUAACUUCUUGUAAUGA